GGCAACUCACUAUCAGUUUGUACACAAACGCAUCGAUUCAGUUUUAGCUGUAGACAGAGGAAAGCGCAGGGGACAAAGGGUCGACAUCAGGACCCGACGAGUGGAGAAAGCGACCAUAAUAAAAUUCUCCUGUCUAGCUGUCCUUACAAUAAAAUAUUUUGCGCUUUAGAUUACGUUUUACUGAUCCAGUAGUGUUAGCCUAGUUUAACAAGAUACCGGUCAUAUUGGUUAUCUCUCUGUUCAUAGCAACAUUUUGUCAAUCGACUGGCAGGCAUGGCUUCGAUUGGACUGAGAGCUUCGUAUCACAGGAUCCUGGAUAAAAUCGAACAUAUGUUACCGGCUAAACUGAGGCCUUUUUACUGUCAUCCAGCAGGACCCAAGACAGUUUUUUUCUGGGCACCCAUAUUUAAGUGGGGCUUGGUUCUGGCGGGUUUGGCGGACAUGACCCGGCCCGCGGAGAAGCUUAGCCCCUCCCAGUCAGCAGUACUGACGGCCACAGGUCUGAUCUGGUCCAGGUACUCCUUGGUGAUCAUCCCGAAGAACUGGAACCUCUUUGCUGUCAACUUCUUUGUUGGUGCUGCAGGCAGUUCUCAACUCUUCAGGAUAUGGAGGUACAAUCAGGAGCAGAAGGAGAAGACAACACAGACAUAAGCUGCUCCCUUAUUGGUCCAGUUCUGUGGACUCAGUGCAACCCCACACCACUGGGUGUCACACCUACCGCCCCACAAUAUCAUUCUAUCCUGCAACAGAGGAAAUGAAAUGUCUUUUUUUUCCUUAAGGAAAAAGUCUGUGCCACACUUGAGAAUGGCGCAGUCACUGACGCACACUAAUUAUUUAAAGAGUUAACAAUAGUAACUGAAGUGUUUUAUCUCACAGUUUAUUUUGUAUGUCAAUGGUUCGUUAUUGAUUUAGCUUCAAAUGUUUGCACUUAUUUUUCAUGUAGCAGGAAUGUGGUAUUUCCCAAUUUGAGGGUUCUUCAUGCAGUACGGUUAGCUUCCUUGAAGUGAAAUUCCUGGUUUGAAUUGAAUAGCGUGAAAAAAGUGUAGUCUCCCAGUAUAAUUUAAAAUGUUUUUCUUCUUUAUUUAUUUAUAUUAUUUGUGUAAUAAUGAAUCAUUUAUAGAGUGAUGGCAUUAGGUGUAAUGAAAGUGUGAUACAGAUUAAUUCCCACAUCAGCGUUUUAAGACCUUCAUCAGUUUUUCAUUUCAUGGAGCUGUUAGAAAUGUAGUGAUUACAUGGCUGCCUAUUUUGUAAUUUACAUAUAAUCCUUCAUUAUUUUUUUGUGACUAGUUUGCAAGCAAUUGUGAUGGUACAUGGCUAAAACACUGUCAUUGUAACAGUGUAUUGUUUUCUUAUUUAUUAUCUGUUUUGUUUAUACAUUUUAGUUUUAACAUUCAUAAUUACAGAUUAAUACAGUUCAGUCAGUUCCUUGCCAAUGUGGUUACUGAACAGCUGAAAUAGAAAUUGAAUUAGUGACUUAAAACCUCACUUACCUGUCAUCUGCUUGCUAACCACAGCUAAGGUCAAUUUAAUAGUAGUAUAUUUCUAGUAUCAAGUUACAUGACAUGGGUAUGAGUAAUAUUCGACUGGAGAAUUCAACUGUUUUGGAACAAGCCUUCAAUUAUGUUUUUUUAUUACACACAGUUGUGUACAUUUUACUGUAAAUCCCUAUACUGUUAAUGAAAUUAGUACAGUAAUGUUGGAAUAAGCUUUAUCAGAAUUGUUUCACAUUCAUAGUCUGUUGAACCAUAUGGUUAUGAAAAUGUAUAAUUGUGGUUAUGAUUACUAGUAGUGCAGUCCUAGGGGCUGUGGAAAAUAUAAGAACCAGAGAACUAACACCUGAAAUAAGCUUAUGAAGGCAUUUCCUUUCAUACACUGAAUAUACCCAGAAGAAAUUGCCUUUUGAGUUUGUAUGUUGAGAGAUUAUGACUGUUAUUGGUUAGUGCGUACUGCAAUAACAUGCAAUAAGUAACUCAUUUUUAAAUGGGUGCACUGAUUCAAAGCUGUGAGUCCAAUAACAUUCAGGCAAAGCUGACAGCAAUAAGACCAACCAGACAUGAACUUCUUUCAUAUUUACCACAUUAAUGAUGUGCAGCAAUUUAAGCAGAUACACCCAGAUAUGGGCUUAGUCUGCCAACAAUACCAUUUUAUGUAUUGUAUAUAACAGAUAAAUAACUAUAUACAUUCAGUAUCACAUCCAUGUCUUUCUAACGAUUCAAUAAAGCUGAAAUUAUAUGUAA